CGGGCCGCACGACGCCCGCUCUGUGGCGCGCUAGCUGGGCGGAUAGAGUUGUGUGCAUCCUUCCUCGUCACCAGCACGCGUACGCCGUGACCGUGUGGGGGCCGACGCCGCCGGCUCGUCCCCGUCGUUUGUUUGGUUCCGGACGCUUCCUUGUUCUGGCCUACUGGGGCGCCAGGAGCGCUGAACCACUGAACGACGGCACGACGCUGUCCUGUUGCUUUCGCUCCUUUUCGCCGCUGCCGUGGAGGAGUUGAUGAGUAGCCCGGCUCUCGGUGUCCUGUUUAGUUGUAGCAGGGCUUAUUAGUGGCCUCGAAACAGGCCUCUAACUUCAGACCUCAAAUUCCUGGAGCAGUUUGUAUAUCAUCCAUCAUAGAGACCCCAAACUAGUUGAGCAUCUGAUUUAGGAGCUUUGGCAUUUUGGCAGGUCUAUUGCACCCUGAAAGCCUCCGUUGCUCCCCUGCAGCGGUGAGCGAGCUGUAGCCGCUGCAGGAUGGUGACCAAGGUGGUGGACCUGCGGUCGGACACGGUCACCAAGCCCACGGAGGCCAUGCGCGCAGCCAUGGCCGCGGCCGACGUCGACGACGACGUCCUGGGCGCCGACCCGACCGCGCAGCGCUUCGAGGCGGAGAUGGCCAAGCUCAUGGGCAAGGAGGCCGCGCUCUUCGUGCCCUCGGGCACCAUGGCCAACCUCGUCUCCGUCCUCGUGCACUGCGACGUCCGGGGCAGCGAGGUCAUCCUCGGCGACAACUCGCACAUCCACAUCUACGAGAAUGGGGGCAUCUCCACCAUCGGCGGCGUGCACCCCAGGACCGUCAAGAACAACCCCGACGGCACCAUGGACAUCGACAAGAUCGUCGCUGCCAUUAGGAACCGGGCCGGGGCGCUGUUGUACCCGACGACCAGGUUGAUCUGCUUGGAGAACACACAUGCAAAUUGUGGUGGGAAAUGUUUGUCUGCAGAAUACACUGAUAAGGUUGGAGAAGUUGCCAAGAGUCAUGGCCUGAAGCUCCAUAUUGACGGAGCACGCAUUUUUAACGCCUCUGUGGCACUUGGAGUUCCUGUAGAUAGACUCGUGAAAGCUGCUGAUUCAGUUUCGGUAUGCCUAUCAAAAGGUUUAGGCGCCCCCGUUGGAUCAGUUAUCGUUGGUUCGCAGGCCUUCAUUGACAAGGCAAAAAUUCUUAGGAAGACCCUAGGUGGUGGAAUGAGGCAGAUUGGUGUUGUUUGUGCUGCUGCUUAUGUUGCCGUUCGUGACACUGUGGGAAAGCUUGCGGAUGACCACAGAAAGGCUAAAGCUUUAGCAGAGGGACUGAAGAAAAUUAAACAGUUUAAAGUGGAUUCAGCUUCGGUGGAGACCAAUAUGGUAUUCUUUGAUAUCAUGGAUCCACGCAUAUCACCUGAUAGAUUAUGUCAAGUCUUGGAACAACGUAAUGUGCUUGCAAUGCCAGCGAGUUCAAAAAGUAUGAGGUUCGUCCUCCAUUACCAAAUUUCAGAUAGUGAUGUUAAGUACGCGUUGACAUGUGUCGAGAAAGCUGUUGAAGAGCUACUGAAGGGCAGUACCAAAUUCGAGCAUUUGACAAAUGGCUUUACCAAACACUCGUAUGGGCACUAGAUCACGUCCUCUCUACGGCCUUGAAGCAUCUGCUGGCUGUCCUGCUUAUUUGUGAUCAACGCUAGCUAUUGUAGUCAGUUAGUCACUAGCCAAACCUUUCCUGAAUAAUCGUUGCCCUUCAGCUCGGAUGUGUUAAUUCGUGUUGCGGUUUACCUUGCUAUAAUUGCUCGAUCUGCUUUCGCUUCC